CGAAGCACAGUCGUUCGUUGACGCUAGCGGGCAUCUGACGCGUAUUUUUUUCGCUCUCAGUAGUUUUCAGUUUCCAGUAAAUAAUCCGUUUUACUGUCUGAUUCUUUUUUUUUUUGCUUCGGUGCAGUUUUGGAAGUGAAGUGGUCGCGUAAAAUCGUAAGCCGGCGUUCUGUUUUACGAACGGGUGCGUAAGCAAAUUUUCACCCGGCCGUGGUGCGGUGGUUCAGAGUGUUGGGAUUUUAUGUUCUGGUGCCCCGAAGAAAAACGCAGCUUUGCUUGCGAAGAAGAGGAGUGUCUUGUGUUUUGGAGGUUAUUUGCAUCCAGUGGUUGUUGAAGUGGCAGCAAAGUACUAGGUACUGGUGGGAAAGAACAAGGAACAGUGCUGCGAAGGGGUGGUGUGAAGUUUGUGGAAUCCGCCUUGGUGGUGUGGAACCGGGACUCGGGAUCCGCCGAUGAACUACUGGGGAAAAGAAAACCGCUUGUUGGACGACGGACUCGGAUGUGGUGGUGUGUGUGCGUGGCGUAGCGGUACCGAAACUUCGUUUGACUGAAAUCUGUGCGCUACUGGAAUCAGAAGAUUCGAUUCGGUUCCAUGACAACGGAAUCAACUCCGGAGCAUCGGCAUCAUCAUCAUCAUCACCACCAGCAACAAAACUAUCACUGGGACCAUCAUCGUGCUGCCGAAAUCAAAAUUGAGCGCAACCAAUCUGGCGGAGCACGUUUUCAAUGGUCUUGUUCGUGCACCACGGCUGCCCCCAAGUGGAGAGUGUAGUUAAUUGAAGCCCCAAGCAGAAGGCUAACACCCUUCCGGCAGUCCAUCCAGAAAUGGUCAAGCUUCUCGCGUAAGUGAAAAGAGGAAACGAAAACGGAGAAAAAAAAAGAUAGUACAGAAACAGAUAAAUCUUGGGGAUCAUCACGCAGCAUCAAUCCAUCGCGCAACCGCAAAGAAGACCGCCGCGCGCAAUUCAGAAGAGAAGAGUUAUUACUAACAUAGAAGGAAAAGAAACGAAACAUCCAGAGUAGUGGAAUUUUGUGUUAUUGUAUGUGCAUGUGAGUGAGCGAUAGUUGUUGGGAAGGAGGCGAGAAUAGAUAAAUAGAUAGAAAAACUCAUAGAGGAAGACAAGGAACAACAACGCUGGACCAGCAGAAGUAGCAUCUACGGCGGCAACAAUGUUGAAAUUUAUACGUGGAAAAGGCCAACAACCUUCGGCCGAACGGCAGAAGCUGCAGAAGGAACUAUUUGCAUUCCGGCGGACAGCCCAGCAUGGCUUCCCGCACAAACCCUCGGCAGUGGCGUACGACCCCAUCAGCAAGCUGAUGGCCAUCGGAACCAACAGUGGCAUCAUCAAAGUGUUUGGCCGGCCUGGCGUCGAGUUCUAUGGUCAACAUCCGGCCACGACGAACGCGUCCGACUCGAUUGUCCAACUGCUGGAAUGGAUCCCCGGCAGUGGUCGGCUCCUCUCGUUGACGGCAUCGAAUCAGUUGAUUCUGUGGGAACCCACCGGAACGGUGCUGGUCCCCAUCAAAACGCUUCCCUUCGAUGGCAAGCUGAAGAAGAUUUCAUCGUUGUGCUGUUCCUACAUGAAGGACACGGUGUGGAUUGGAACAGAAGGGGGUAACGUUUAUCAGUUCGAUAUCAAGAGUUUUUCGGUGCGGGAACCGGUCAUCUAUCACGAUGUGGUUCUCGAACAAUUGCCACAAUCGUACAAGCUGAAUCCGGGAGCGAUCGAAUCGGUCAAGCAACUGCCAAACAAUCACAACCAACUGCUGAUCGCCUACAAUCGGGGACUGACCGUACUGUGGGACUUGGAAGCAUGCAAUGUGAAACAGUCGUUUAUUUCACCGGGACAUGGCCAGAGUGUUGGAUUGUACAUUUCACCGUGCGGGACACAGUUCACAUGGUACCACGGAGAUGGCUCCUUCGCUACGUGGGAUUUAGAUAGUGUGAUUCCACCUGAAAACCAGAAGUAUGUGCCUUAUGGACCAGAUCCGUGCAAAGCAAUAGACCGGUUAAUUCGCGGAAAACGAGGAUUAUGUGAACUGGUUGUGUUCUCCGGAGGAAUGCCAAGAUCGGCCUACGGAGAACACCAAUGCGUGUCGGUUCACUGCCGAGGUGGCACAAAAGUGGCCUUUGAUUUUACCUCCAAGGUUAUCGAUUUCUUCGUCACGUUCAACGACGAACACCCGGAGCAGGCUGAAGUUCUGGUUGUAUUGCUGGAGGAGGAGCUGGUCGCAUACGACUUGACAGAUGAGACCAUUCCACAGAUCAACGUUCCAUAUCUACAUUCGUUGCAUGCCUCUGCCGUGACCUGCAAUCAUCUGAUUUCCGGUGUAAAGCCAGAGUUGUAUCAGAAGAUCGUACAAGCCGGAGAGUCCCAAAUGGCGGAUUACAGCUCCAAACCAUGGCCGAUUGACGGUGGAAUGCUUCCAGAAACAAUCGAAGAAGAACGACAAGAGUACGACCUGCUCAUUACGGGUCACGAAGACGGUUCCGUAAAAUUCUGGAACUGCAGUGACGUUUGCUUGGCCCCAAUUUUACACGUAAAAACUGCCCCACUGUUCAACAACAGUGACGAACCGUUUGACAAUCAUUUGACUACCUCAACUGAACAGUUGGACGAAGGGGAACCUCCCUUCCGUAAAGCCGGCCAGUUUGAUCCGUAUUCGGACGAUCCCCGUUUAGCUGUGAAGAAGGUUCAGCUAUGUCCAACAACCGGAACAUUGGUGAUUGCUGGCACCGCUGGCAAUGUGGUGAUUGCCAACUUCGAACCAUCCCCGGAGGAACCAGGCCCGUUAAAGGUAUCUACAAUGAACCUGGUUAGCGAUCGCGACGGUUUCGUUUGGAAGGGUCACGAUCAGCUGAAGGUCAAACGACAGCUGUUGGAGGAAAAUCAACCGAUUCAGGAGGGCGUGAAUGUGGUCAGUGUGUUGCAGAUUCUUCCGCCGGCUGCUGUGACCUGCACGGCUGUGCAAAGUCAAUGGAAUUUGGUUGCGGCUGGUACCGCCCACGGACUGGUGGCGUUCGAUUAUCACACCCAGCAUCUGGUCCUGUACAAGUGCACGCUGAAUCCAAAUGAUCUCACCGGCGCAGGUGAAACCCUAUCCCGCCGUAAAUCGUUCAAGAAAACCCUCCGCGAGUCAUUCCGUCGGUUGCGUAAGGGACGUUCCACGCGGAACAACCCAAGUGCUCAGGCAACAACCCCGGCCGAAGCUCGGCCCGUUGAGCGGCAGAUUGAAGCUCGCCCAGUGGACGAUGGAAUGGGUUCAAUGGUCCGGUGUCUGACCUUUGCGCAGACCUAUCUGACCAACCAACAGCACACCAGUGCAACACUGUGGUCCGGGACGAACUCCAGUUGUGUGUCGGUGUUCAUCCUGAAUGUACCGCCACGGCAGCAACCGCAACCACCGGUCCAGAACAACGAAGCUAACGUCGACGGAGGAGAUGUUCCGCCACCGAAACCCAUCACCGGCGUGCUGGCUAAGGAGAUCCAGCUGAAGCACCGGGCACCGGUCAUUGCUAUUUCUCUGUUCGAUCAGCAUGGAGUUCCAUUAGAGUUCCAGUCGAAGCCGGGACCUGGCCCACACAAGGUUCUCAUCGCAUCCGAGGAACAGUUCAAGGUGUUCUCCCUGCCACAGCUGAAGCCGGUCAACAAGUACAAACUAACGGCGCACGAAGGAGCAAGGGUUCGCCGUAUAGCUUUCGCGACAUUCAUGUGCACCCUGCCGGCGUCACAUCCACAAGCCAGCCCAUCCAAAACUGGACCACGAUCACCUGCUCCUCCAGCAGCAUCACCAACAGCUCCUGCUGCGGAACCUGCCCCAGCAUCUGGUUCUCCAUCAGCCGAAGCACUGAAUGCAAACCCCGCGGAACAGGCGGCUCCGGUUCCCGAAGUUAUGAAGCACUACGAGAUCAGUCUGCUCUGUCUGACGAAUCUUGGCGAUUGUUUGGUCCUAUCGAUUCCGGAACUGAAGCGGCAACUGAACGCGGCAGCCGUCCGAAGGGAAGAUAUCAAUGGUAUCUCUUCGCUUUGCUUCACGAACCAUGGAGAAGCUCUGUACAUGAUGUCUUCGUCUGAGGUGCAGCGAAUCACAUUGUCCACGUCGAAGAUUGUUUCCCCGACCGGUUACAUCGAGCUGGAAGAUUGGUCUCAAGUCGAACAGGAAGAGACAGAGCAGGCAGUUGAAGCAGAAGAAACUGCUGUAACACCGGAAAAUGAGGAACCCAUCGCUGCUGCGAGAUCGGUUGAUGCUUCCUCACCCUUGUCGGUAGUGGUGACGGCCAUCAACGGAACCGGUUCCGGAGAUGGUCUAACCAACGGCGUCGGCAGCGGAGAUGACGCUUCUCCCAACAAAGCCGCCAACGAGACCAUUACCAGCUCGAUCGGCGACAUUACCAUUGACUCGGUUCGUGAUCAUCUGAACUCGACGACCACGACGCUUUGUUCGACCACCACCGAGGAGAUCGUCGGACGACUUUCGGUGCUGAGUACGCAUUCAAACAACGUAGCUUCCUCCGCCAAAACCACCGACGUGACCACUCUCAAUUCUUCUAACAUCAAAGAUUUGAAGCACAUCGGCGAUUCCACGGAAACGGCCUCCAACUCGGUGAUCAUCAAAUCGGUCAUCACCACGGUUAAGCACGGAACCAGUCACGUCAACGGAGAGCACAAUUCGACCACCAAGACCGAGAGCACCAAAACCGUCUCGACCGGAGGCGGUGCUGCCGGUGGAACGACUGUGUCCCUGCUCCGAAAGGAGAGUCAAUUCUAAAGUGAACCGAACCGAACCGAAUCGAUAAUCAAAGCAUGCAGUUAGUAAGAUAUGACACGACGUAACGAAGCUGAGCAACUAUGGAUAAAGAACGAUCGACAAACCGCCAAGAGGAUAGAUACAACAGGAGGCGGACGAUUGUUGUCGUUGUGUUUAAGUUUGAGCUAGUUUAUUAAUAUUUGCGAUUAUCACUUUUAACGCAACAGACAUUUGCUAUUUAGCAGUAGAAAGGUAAGUAUUUUAUUAUAUUCUUUUCGGAAUGUUCACGACGCGUCCGUGUGAUAUUUUCCAAUUUAUUUAAAUUUUUACACAAAAAAAGAAACGUGGUAGGCCACGUCAAAACAAGGCUCUGUUGCAAGCCUACUUGGAUGGGCUUGACCGCCUCCACACUUCAUCAACUUCUGGUCCGACGAAUAUUCAAAAGCGUGCAUUUAAGCAACGAACAGAAGACAAAAUCCCAUUUCAUCUUUCGAUCGAAACCGUCGUGUGAUAAUGCAAAAACAUUAGAAUAGAGAUACCUUCAAAAGCUACAUUCACAGAAGAAAACAUUACACAAACAAAACCAUAUUAUACAGGAGACAAACUGCCUUUGCGUUGCCUUCUUCGAAUUUUUUAAACAUGAAUUCUACCGAAGAUGAAAAGAUUUGUUCGAACUGUGAAUCGUUAAUUAAAAAAAAAAUGGGUCGCUUACAGAAGGUCGUAUUAAUGUUAGUUUAUUUAGAGAUAUGAACACGAAUGCAACGGUACGGAGAACCCACAGUCUGCCCGCCGUAUGAUGCAAGAUUUCCGAAUGUAUUUUAAUCCUUCAUCCCUCCCGAUAAGCCAAGCCAAGCGCGCACGCGUAUUCUUCGUAAAAAUUCGAAAAACGAGAUCGAUCCUACAAAGUAUUACUAACUAGUGCUCCCUCCUCUAAUGGACGUUUUCGGGAAGCAACGAAAAUUCUGGACGGAGGGACAAAACGAAAUGAGGGCGAAACACAUUUUUAAGGCAUAGCGAUUGGUAUUUAUAUAAUGUAUUACAUACUUGAACGAAGCGAGAGCCUCCUUCGGUUAUAUAUAGUUGUAGUCGUAUUUUUUGAUGCAAUUUACAUGCGUAAACGAAAAAGAGAGAGUACUAUACUUACGGUUAAGUAAACCUUAAAAACAUACAAACGAGCAGAGUAGAUGAAUAAAUAUGUCUUUUUAUGUUAAGUGAUGUAUAAA